AUGGUCUCCAAACUGCAAGCGAGUGUCCUUAUCCUGGCUGUGAUUGCCGGAAAAUGCCAUGGCGCCUUUGUAUCUAAGAAUUUGAUGGCUUCCCACCGUCUCUCCUCCGAUUCGUUGGCUUUUACGUCGAUUGAGGCUGCCAAACGUCCUCCAACCAAAUCUGCAUCGAGUCAACUCGGGGCCACAGAGGAGAGCAGCAGCAGCAGCAGUAAAAGUGAAGCCUCCGAAUCAGAAUCGGAACCCAACUCUACUCCACCACCUCCACAACCACCAACAGCCCCGUCCAAUCUAGCCAUCGCACAGGACAAGACGUUUCUGGAGGAGCUCCAAGAAAAGCUACAGACCAGUCUCCGCAUCGUCCAAGAAUCCCAAUCCAAGGGCGAAGGCGGGAAGCAAAUUCUGGCCAAUGUCUUGGCUGGAGAGUAUGAUGCCGACGCCGUGAAUGCCACGAUUGAUCAAGAAAUUCUACAAUCUCCUUGCGUCAUGUUCACGUGGGAACGAUCGCCUUCUUGUGUCAAGGCCGUAGACGCGUUUGCAUCCAUGGGAAUUUCCAACCAAGUCAAAACGGUGCGGUUGGAUGAUCCCUGGGACAAGGGCAAUCCCAUUCGAGCCGAACUAGGAAAGAGACUGGGACGGACAUCGGUGCCGAUGAUUUUUAUUGGUGGAGAAGUGACAAGUUUGGUGGCAGAGAAAGCUGGCAGUGUGAGAUGGAAUUGCUACCAAAUCAAUAAGCUUGAAGCAUUUCGCAGCCUGUCAACGAAGAGCACAGGAGCAACUCGUCAUAGAACACUCACCGUCCACAGUACCUGUAGCGAGUUAAGCCUUGGCUAA